GCACAUCCUUACCCAGGGAGCCUCACAAGCCCCGGGGCAAGCCAGCUGUCCAGCAGAAGCUCCUACAGGAUGAAGGACUCCAUAGCUGCCAUCUCCCUCUUCCUCCUCCUCAUCAUCACCCCCAAUGCCCUCGGCAACAAGGCUGAGAUCUCUGCACGAGGCCCCUAUCACCCUGCUGAGUGCUGCUUCUCCUACAUCACCCAUGCCGUCCCCCAUCACCGGAUCGUGGAUUACUAUGAGACCAGCAGUGAAUGCUCCAAGCCUGGAGUUGUCUUCAUCACCAAAAAAGGCUACCCCAUCUGUGCCAACCCCCGGGAUGGCUGGGUACAGGACUACAUCAAGGACCUGGAGGAGAACACAUGCCAGCACAAUGGCCAUUCUAAGGAACGAUCUGCUCUGGCCUAGGAGUCUUACCCAG